CAUAUUCCAACGGGUCCUUCAUCCGACGAAGCCGUCACUGGAUCAUCAUCAUCAUCAUCACCAUCAUCCUCUUGGACCGGUGGGCUUGUUUUUGGCCUUGCCAGCAAAUGCCAUGCCAAACACCACAUUCUCUCUCUCUCUCUUUUCCCUCGAACCAAACAGAAAACCCUAAAUUCAUUUAAUCCGAUUCGAUUUUAUUUUAAUUUCUUUCUGAAGCCGUAAUUAAUCCGAUUGUUUAGAUUUUCGAUUGCCGGCGAAAAUUCGAUUUGUUUUUGGAUUUGGGGAGGGGGAGAAAAUUUGCUGAUCAGAAAGCUGUUGUCGGGGUUGUAAUUUUCGAUUUCGAUUAAUAAUUUUCAUUUUUGCCCCGAGAUAAAACGUAAUUCGUAGGAGGAUCGGGAAUCGAAACGGUGCGGUUGCAUGAAAAGCACGACGGAGAAGGAGGAUUGGAGUGCGGAUCGAGCGCUGAGAGAGUAGAGGUGGGGGAGGUAAAGAGCCACCGAGCAGACGGAGGCGAAACAUGUCUGCCAUAGUGUGCGGUAAGAGAUCCAUAUUUGAAGACCUUCCUACCACUCCUUCUGUUUCCAAGAGAAUUCGCUGCUCUUCUUCCCCUUCUGCUUCCUCUCCUCCUCCUCCGUCUUCUUCUUCUUCUUCUUCGCCAGCUCGCUUUUCUCCUCCGAGGUCUUUCCCUGCCUCCGCCUCUGCCUCUGCCUUCGCUUCUCCAUCGCAAUCGUCGCGCCUCAUCGACCAUCUCAGGGCUCUUUUCCCGGACAUGGACGGACAGGUUCUGGAAAGAGCACUGGAAGAAUGUGGAGAUGAUUUGGAUUCUGCUAUUAGAAGUUUGAAUGAGCUUCGAUUAGGAACUGUUGAUCGAAAAGCUGGUUCUGUUGCUGGCACAUCUGAUAUACCAUCAUCAGCAGAAGCUAACCUUCAACUCCAAUCCCAAGGUGUAGUUACAAAUAAUGGAGAAAUCGGUGACAAUAAUCUUCCCAACGAUGGUGCAGACUGGGUGGAGCUCUUUGUUAGAGAAAUGAUGAGCGCCUCCAACAUGGAUGAUGCCAAAACUCGUGCAUCAAGAGUGCUUGAGGUUUUGGAGAAGUCCAUCUGUGCACGUGCAAGUGCAGAAGCAGCACAAAGCUUCCACCAGGAAAAUGCGAUGCUGAAGGAACAAGUGGAAGCACUCAUACAGGAAAAUGCAAUUCUGAAGCGUGCUGUGUCAAUUCAGCAUGAGCGUCAGAAAGAGUUUGAAGAUAAUGGCCAAGAAUUGCAGCGACUGAAGCAACUGUUGUCUCAGUACCAAGAGCAGUUGAGAACGUUGGAGGUCAACAACUAUGCACUUACAGUGCACCUUAAGCAGGCUCAGCAAAGCAACUCCAUCCCUGGGCGCUUCCACCCUGAUGUUUUCUGAUGAUUUGCUUCAGUCGACUCUUGACCGUUAUUGUUUUCUAAUGAACUGGAGGUCCCAGGCCGGCCCAACUUUAUUUGUGACCAUAGGGAAAAAAACAAAAAAAAGAAGAAGAAGAAGAAAACCUUAGACAGCAAUUUUUAUAAAUAAUACUGAUUAAUGUAUGUUUAUGAUAUAUUCUUUUUUUUUUCUUUUUUUUCUUUUUUUAAUAUAGAGAUUAUGCUUUCGGCUCUAAUGUCAAAUUUUAUUUUAUUUAUUAUUAUUUUUUUAAUAUAACAGAAAGGAAGAUUUUAGCAACA